AUGUAUAUGCCUGCUGAUCACCGUGCUCAACGUGCUGCCGAUGGCUCGAUCACCCUAAUUGUUGGCAAGACUCAUGAAAUGCCUCCGCUGCCGUAUGAACUGUCGGGACUGGUUGCACACGACGUCUGGGACCACCGCACACAAACGAUCAAGAUGAUAUGCGCCCGCUUCUCCAGGCCGCUGUUUGAGCGAAUCUGGUUCAUUACCGCAAUGAUCGCCACCCUUGCCUUGCCCCUUCCGCUUUACCGGCUCGUCUUUGACGCAACCUUUGAUCAAAAUCGUGCCAAUCAAACGUUUUACGCUGCGCGUGCUGCUGGGUUCGGAGUAUUUAUGGGAGUGAUCAUCUUCUUUUGGGCUCCUUUAGCCUUUUGGAAGUGGCUUGGGGUUGCUCGUAUGCGUGCGCAACUUCGUCAAUGGGACGCACAAGACCGGUCCAACGCCAACGGAAGGUUUGUGCCAGAAUGGAAGGUCGAGAUGCCAGGAAUCUUCUCUAUCAAUGGGCGAGUCACCAUCAGCACCCCGCCGAACGUUGCACCAUCGAGUUUCCAUUCUGGAGCCUAUCUCCCCCCGUACAUCAAUGCACCCGCGUAUGGGCCUCCUUACCCUAACCAGGGACCGAUGCCUGGAACAGUGGCAUACAAUGGCGGGGCACCUGUCUAUGGGUAUUCUGGACCUGAUCGUGACGAAAAGUCCGGGUUUCAGGACGUGAAUUUGAAAGCUUGA